CGAACCUCAACCUUUCCCGUUUGUGCGGCCGCUCACUACCGCAUAUCAGCAGGACAGCGGUAUUUCGCUUUCGUACAGACUGGCGGUACUAGAAGUAGUUGUCGAGGCAAUUUCAUUCUUUUGCAGCGGCUACCGGGGUUGCACUUGCAAGUGCAUGUCCAACGGAUCUACUUCAUUAUCAUUUACAUUAAUAUACGCAGAGCAAUCAUGUCGAUCGCCUUCCGCUUUGUUUCAUCCAGUAGAUGGAUCAUGCUCUUGGCUUCAUCUGCUCCAGAGCUGCGUCAAAAACCUCUUCGGCCGCGCACCUACUACUUUCCACAGGCGCUCUUCUUCCGUGUGUUGUUCCUUCUUUACGCUUGCCCCGCAGCGAAAGAAACCCAGAAUGUCUUUCCGAACGUUGCGGACAUGCGGGAUGAGCUUCGCGCCGGUGACUACCGGCUGGUCCGGCCGAGUCCCACGACUAAGACCGCGGAAGUGCAGAAGCGCUACCGGAUGGAUGGGACAGUUGCUGCGUUCGUAAAGAAGGUGAUGGGACGAGUCAACGAAGCGAAGGAGACCCUGCGCCGAAAAGAGCUGCUCCCAGCGAUGAAGGACGAUUUGCAAGAGGAAAUCAAAGUCACGGACCAGGAACUGCAAGACAACCAGCAGACGCUCGAAGAGUACCAGGAGGAGUGGCUAUCCAGGAAACAACACCCAUCCCCAUCCAAUUUGUCAUGCAAAACAUGCAUGAUAAGCUGCAGUGUUUGUCAUGCAAAAAAUGGAUUGGGAUGGUUUUUUUUUUCCUGGACACUGGCGGCAAUCCAUCUACCGCCAGUAUAACGCCACGCUGAAGCAGCACUUCCCCGAACCAAGGCAACUGGACUUGGAAGUGAUCCACCUGCUGACGACGAACAGCCCAGAAAAUCGCCGUGCUUUGGAGCCGCUACUGGGCUACGUGGCGCACGGCCUAACGUCGUUUGGGAACUUCACGAAACACAGCGAAACGAUUGCCACUGCCGCGGAGGCCGUUUGGAUUCUUAGUUUUAAUGACAAGAAAAACCUAUCCUGCGGAUCAAAUAAAGUAUGGUGCGAUGCUCGUACUCAUUGCGUUGGUGCAUGAACGAGAUGAUCAAAAGGAAAAUUGAAAUAUAAUGAUCUUUAUCCCUAGCCUGCACUAGCAUUCCAAAGGUGUACUUCUCAUGUGGAAAACAAGAAAUUGUAACGCACUCUAGCAUCCGAGUUCGAGUAUGUACGAGAAGUGGCGCUAUUCUUAUUCUUUUGCAUAAACCCAAGAGAUUCUCACAUUCGAGUAUAACGCGAUCGAGAAGUUGGCAGCGGUGCUCGACAAUUACUUCACGUACUACGACACCACGAGAGAUGAGCAAGAUACGGCCAUGGCGAACCGAAAGGAGAUGAAACCGCCGCAAAUCAACGUGGAGGCGGCGAAAUUCGCCCCGAUCGCCGCCAUGUGGGCGGCGGCGGCCUUGCAGAACUUGGCCGCGAGCUACUGCAGUUCUUCGUCCUCGAGCCGGUGCGAGUGGGCGUGGGAUACGAAAUCCUCUCUCUUACAAAACACCACAGCGGUUGUGAUCGACAAUGCGUUCAACAGGGAGGACAUUAUGGCCGUGCUCGUGGAGAGCGAGGGGCAUCUGUGGGAGAAAAUCGCGGGGCGCAUGCUUUGUCAAAACAGCAACAGUAGGAAAUUUAGAGACAGUUUGAAACCAGCCACGGUGGAAGAUGUGCGGCAGCUAGCAGUUUCGAAAAAGGAGAAGGCGAUGCUGCAGGACCCGAGGUACAUGAACCAACUCGCGGUCUGGGCCUUUGCGGGGUUGCUGAAAAAUCUGGCGAUACGUACGGAGAGCCAUCGCUUUUACGGGGAGGGAGCCUGGAAGUGUUUGUGCGAUUUGACGACGAGCGCAGACUGGUUGGAGAGUAGCAAGGCGGAAAAGGCGAUUUUGCAUUUGGGCGGGAAUGAAACGGACUGUCAGAAACGGAUGAAAACCAUGCGACAGAGGGAGCUCUGACGAUGGCAGCGGCAGGUUGUUGGUGGGAUUCGAUUUGUUGCGAAGUGGCUGAUUGAUGGAAUGAAAAUAAAAACAUUAUCAUGCGACCGCGCCCACUGGGUUUUGGAUUCUCAAAGUUAGAGUGCGAGCAUCAAGAAAAGGCAUAAGAAGAAGAACCUUGCUUAUGAUCGGCCAGGAAAAGUUAGUCCGAUCGGUUCGCGGCCUACAAAGUUAU